CGUCAAUCGUUGCACUCGAAACAAUAAUCUCGACAUCAUCUUCGUCUCCGAGGGAAUGGGUCGAUGUCUUGACGCGGCCUGAAGCUGCCCGAUGUUCUAUAAUAGUUGCGGUUGAAGAUGGAGCACUCCUUACACCUACCGAGCAGCAAAAAUAUGCUGCAACUUCGAAACCCCCGUGGUAAACGUACAAGGCCCCAUGACGCAGCAAAACCACCGGUGCAGGGCAAAGGACUCUCAGCUCGGCGCACCGAACAUCCUACACCCCCCAAGACCGAAGAUUCGAAGACCAUGACGGACACCGCGGCACGAAGAGCAAAGCCCACCAAGCUUCCAGUCCCUAAAUCGCCCGUCGACAAGGUGAAAGGCAACGCUGAAUCGCAGCUUCCCCUACCCGCACCUAAGGAGCAAGAGGCCCAUCGAAUUUUGCGGCCCAAGAGAUCUCUGGGGGCGUUAUCGCUUGUCCCGCCUAAAAACACAGAUAAAGGAGGCGAUCAAUACUGGCGCAAGGUACGAGACAGAUUUGAAAGAGAGAUACCAGCACCGUUACGCAGCAAGGAGAAGCACAAAGAGUACUACCAAGAGGCCUACCGGAAGAUCGUAUCCUUGGCCACUUCGCCAAGGCAGGAGAUCGCUAAUUACAAAAUGAGAUUAACGGGAGGUGUACCGCGGGAUGACAAGUUGCAUGCACGACCUGUCGGCUUACGGAGGGACGUCCCAAAUCUGCACCUCGAUAGUCGACUUUCCCUUGGUCCAAAUUCAUGGAGAGCCGACUCCAACCAUGCCGUAGGACAGAGAAAACGUCCAAAUACUGCAGAACAAGUGCCGAGCUUACCGGCUCCUGAGACCACGCCGCCAACUACGUCCGAAAAGACAGAUGCGACCCCCGACUCAUCUGAACAAUCAUACCCAAUAUCACCGGUUUCAGCACCCGCAAGUUCUGUGACGGACUGGGAGGAUCGAUUUGUUGUCAACAUGCCGUCAGCAAGAGAACCGAAUCCCUUGCAUCUAAAUGCACAGCAAAUAUCCAAAUUUCAACAAAGCAUCGAAAGAGUUCACAAAGAGGGCGGAACGAUGCUUGAUCCUGAGACGCUUCCAAGCCCCCGUACUACCACCCCCGAGGACAAGAUUAUCCCCAGCGAACCGCGCGAGAAGAAGACGAUGAUCGGAAUGGAUGGCCAGGCACCGAGCCCUGAUCCCCCUUCAUAUGAGAACAAUGAUGGCGAAUCCACUGGUGAACCACCCCGCUAUUAUAGUCCUGACGAGAUUGGAAAGCCACGGUUCAGCACAAUUUGGGAAGAGUCACCUGGGCAGCUAACCAACAAGCCUUUUGCAGCGAACCCCGAUGGCUCUUUUUUAGGAUGCAAGGAAAUCAACGGACCGAACGACAAGAACCCGGACGAGAUUUUGCUUUUUUCGACCACAGACGAACGCCCCAGGGUAAUCGAUAUUCCAGGUCCCAAAUCCAGGAUACCCAAAGAAGGAAGAAGAGUCACCACACACGCCCUUACACCAGCAGCCCAGGGGAAGGUGGCCCUUCCGCAAGAGCGGAGCUCAAAUUCGCAGAAUUUGAAUCCUGCCCAAUGCUCGAAGCAGUUGCCCAAGACGAUGUGCAAGGACACCAAGUGUCGUCUGCCGGAGAAGGCAGAACAUUCUACGAAACCUCCCUUGAAAGAAAACCGGGAUUUGCAGGCAAACACGACGAGAAAUACUCACGAGCAAAGGCCGAGCCGCAAGUCCGACGAUGUAUUCAUUAUCACACCCACCAUCACACGCACUAUGGUUACCAUGACAGACCUAAGAGUUCACGCCAAAAAGAACCCAGACACAGAGGAACCCACAUCCCGAGCGGCAGGGGAGAUCAUCUCAGGCACUCGGACGAAAUUCCAGACCCAGCCGGGACCAUCCACGGCAAGUCUAAGGCGACUGACGCUGGCGCAAAACUCGUGGGAGCGACAGAACGCAGCUUGCACGACGUCCUCGAAAACGCCGUCUCCAAAAUUAGUAUCCCCGAAGACAACGUCACCAACACAGAUACCCACCGUCAAACCUCGGGGCACAGAGCCCGAGCGCCGAACGUCAGACAAGCCAAAGUAUAUACGUGGGUUCAUCCGUACAUCCGGAAUGUCGAAGGCUACAAUAGAAAGUCAGAGCAGUCUUCCACGCAGUAAUCCUCACCCCCCACAAAAUCACCCACCUUGUCUGGCACCUGGAAGUGGGAACACGCCACCAAUGGCUUCUCGGGAUAUAUCGCCGUACAUCGGGAAUACAUCCUCCGGACCCGAUAUAUCUCCCCAGAACUCUAUCAGUAGAGAUGGAUCGGAAGAGAGGUUCUCGCCUCGCGAACUUCAGAGUUGCGAAGUCGCCGAACUGGACGGGCAGCAGGUCUACGAAACACCUCGAGAAGAAGGAACAUUCCAUUUCAACGUCACUGACUUCAAUGCUGAUAUCCUUGGUGACCCAGCGAAGCGACCCGAGACCAGUACGGAACGACCCGACAACAAGGCAGAGACAACCGACGAUCAGGCAUUAUGGGCUCUCUUGAGAGAUGCUCUCAUACAAUCGGCAGUACAGAUCCAUCAAUUGUACAGCCAAAUGAUGGCGAAUCGUAAUAACAAACCGGUGCUGGUCCGCAUUGCCUUCGAUAACAUUCUCAUGAUGAUAGAGCAUUGUCUCCUGGUUCUCAAGAACUUCCUAGCCUUCCUCUCUCUGUACAACUCCACCGGCACUUGGCCAAGACCGUCCAAGAAGGAUCUCGUCCACUCGCUGAUCGAUCACUGCCAAGCAGCGCUGUACGUGGUCACCCUGGGCUUCCUCAUGAUGAUCAUCGGUCGAGCCGCGGGCUAUGUCGUCCUCGUGAGCACGUGGGUCAUAUGGUUCGCGAAGCCGUUUGCGUGGUUUUUCGGGGCGCUGGGUCGGGCGUUGUGUUGA